GGCUACCUCGAGCCCUUCGACCCUGCCAAUCCCGAGGGCUGGGAGUCCUACUCGGAACGGGUCGAGUUCUAUCUCCGGGCCAACAAGAUCACCGACGCCGGGGCGAAGCGGGAUGUGCUCCUAAGCGUCUGCGGGCCUGCCACGUUCGAGAUCGCUAAGGGUCUCUCGGCGCCCGCCCGCCUGGCGGAGAAGUCCUACGACGAGAUCAUCCGACUCCUCACGGGCCACUUCUCACCACAGCCCUCACGGGUGGCUCGCAGAUUCCUGUUCCACAAACGGGACCAGACCGCGGGAGAGUCCGCCGCCGACUACCUGGCGGCCCUCCGAAAACUCGCCGGGAACUGCCUACCGCUCGACCCGACGGUCAGACCGAUCCGGCUCAAAGCAAGGCGGGUCCCCUUCGCCUUAAAGCCCAAGAUCGAGGCAGAGUUGGACCGCCUUGUAGCCCAAGGGGUCCUGGAGCCGGUCGACUACGCCCCGUGGGAAACCCCCAUAGUGACCCCGGUCAAACCUAACGGGGACGUGCGAAUAUGUGCAGAUUACAAGUGCACAAUUAACAAAGCGCUCCAAGACAACCCAUACCCGGUGCCAGUGGUCAGCCACGUGCUGGCAGCCCUUGCGGGGUCCAAGAUUUUCGGGAAGCUGGACCUGGCCCAAGCCUACCAGCAGCUCCCGGUGGACGCCAAAACAGCGGAGGCACAAACGAUAGUCACCCACAGGGGGGCGUUCAGGGUGAACAGGUUACAGUUCGGGGUUAGCGUGGCUCCGGGAAUCUUCCAGAGUAUAAUGGAUGCUCUCCUGAAAGGGAUCCCCGGAGUCCAGCCGUUUUUCGACGAUGUUUUAAUCGCCGCCCCGGACCCGGAGGAAUUCCGCAACCGCCUCCGGGAGGUGCUCCGCCGUUUCCAAGCCGCUGGACUGAAAGUUAAGAGGGAGAAGUGCAUGUUGGGGGUGCCCCGGGUGGAGUUCCUGGGAUUCGCAGUGGACGCAGAGGGAAUCCACCCGACCGAAGAAAAGACCAGGGCCAUUGUGCAAGCCCCUGCCCCCAUGUGUAAAGCGGAACUCCAGAGUUUCCUGGGGGUCCUCAAUUUUUACCACACGUUCAUACCCCACAAGGCGGCCCUUGACGUCCUCAUCUCCAACGCGGUGCUGCAUCACUUCGACGAGCGCCUCCCGGUCAUCCUGGCUUGCGAUGCAUCGCCGUACGGGGUGGGCGCUGUCCUGGGGCACCAGUUACCGGAUGGCCGGGAGGUCCCGGUCGCAUACUACUCGCGCACCCUGACCUCGGCGGAACGGAACUACGCGCAAAUCGACAAGGAGGCCCUGGCCAUAGUGGCGGGGGUCCAUAAAUUCAACGAUUAUUUAUAUGGGCGCCGGUUCACAAUAGCGACGGACCAUAAGCCGCUCUUGGGUCUGCUGGCCCCAGACCGACAAACUCCCCAAAUCCUGUCCCAGAGGGUGUUGAGAUGGAAUCAAUUCCUUAACUCGUACACCUACACGCUGGUUCACAGGGCGGGCAAGGCAAUGGGCCACGCGGACGCUCUCAGCCGGGGGUGGCCAGAGGAGAACAUGGGGGAAGAGUUCAAACCCUACAAAAUGCGGAGGGAGGAACUCGCAGCACACAAAGGGUGCCUGUUAUGGGGAAGCAGGGUAGUAGUCCCCCCCCCCUCUCAGAAACGGGUCCUGGAAUCACUCCACGAAACACACCCAGGCAUCGUGAGAAUGAAAGCCCUAGCCAGAAGUUACGUAUGGUGGCCGGGGAUGGACAGUGAGAUAGAGGACUGGGUCCGGAGAUGCGGCACAUGCCAAGAGUCGCGGCCGGACCCACCCAGUGCCCCAGCUACACGAUGGGAGACCACCAGGAAACCGUGGUCCAGGCUACACAUCGAUUUUGCUGGGCCGUUCCAGGGACAGAUCUUCCUAAUCAUCGUGGAUGCAUACACAAAAUGGUUAGAGGUCAUCCCCGUAGGGUCCACCUCAUCAGCUGCAGCCAUUAGGGCAUUACGUAAGGUCCUGUGCACCCACGGUAUUCCGGACACCAUAGUCUCGGACAACGGGGCAGCAUUCACCUCGGGGGACUUCCAGGGGUUCCUCCAGAGGUACCUCAUUAGGCACAUCCGGUCAGCGCCCUUCCACCCGGCCACCAACGGCCAGGCCGAG